CGCUCGAUAGUGCCCCCCGCCUCCGCCCGCGCGAGGGCGCUCCCUUCCGGGUUCCUAGUCGUUGGCCUGCUCUAACGCCCGCCUCUUCCGCUCGCUGGCACAACUUCACCCGGAAGUGCAUUUGAUCUGACCGGGAAGUUCGCUGCGUUCUUUGUCUUUUCUCCUCAGUUACAUUGAAGCACAAAAGCAUCAGCUAUGGAUUUUCAGCACCGUCCGGGAGGUAAAACAGGAAGCGGAGGUGUCGCCUCAGCAUCAGAGAGCAACCGAGACCGCAGAGAGAGGCUAAGGCAGCUGGCGUUGGAGACCAUCGAUAUCAACAAGGAUCCCUAUUUUAUGAAAAACCACCUGGGUUCGUACGAAUGCAAGCUUUGCCUGACGCUGCACAACAAUGAGGGAAGCUACUUGGCGCACACCCAGGGGAAAAAGCACCAGACUAAUUUGUAAGUUAUGAGCCCACGAGCAUGGUUGCCUGAUCCAUGUUUCUUGUGUCUUUCUCUACUUCCAGAGCGGAUCCCAGAACAUAGAGUAGUGUGCUUGCAAAAUUAAUUAUUU